AUGUUCGCUAGGAAGGCGAAGGCGUCAGAUUUAAUGGGGAGCUUGCAGCGGUUCACGGAUAUGUCAAGAGAUAGUGUCAGCAGAGUGAAGCAUCUUAAAAUUCUCCUGGAUUCACUGUCUACUCAUGAGAAGCGUCAGUUGAUAGAAGAGCAUAGUUUUGAAACCUUCCACCUAGUGGAUGAGUUACUUUUGUCGGCUGAUAUCGUCGCCAACCCUCAAGGUGCAGUAGAAGGAGAAAGCGGUCUGUGGACUCUCGAACAAAUUCUAUGCUACGCUCCGGAACUUGUUGGAAACGGUUGGCAGCGACAUGCAAUCGAAGCUCUUUUGAAGAAGGCUCUCUACCCGAGGAAUUUGCUAGCCAUUCGAAAAAUCGCGAUCAGAUUAUUUUUGAUAUUCUACCAAAGCCUUAGUGUCUAUGGGAAGGCUACAGAAGACCUUGAUCGUGUCUUCCAAUGCCUCUUGCCAUAUUUCCCAUUGAGAGAUGGCCAGAAUACAGAGGCUGUGCUGCAACAGUACUGCCAUUCUGCUGGAACUGUCCAUUGGUCAGAUCGAAGCUCGGGUUCACCUACAACACCAGGGGCUCCUGUGUCAAAUGCUAAAGAAAGAGCUCAAAUGCUUCAGGUUUAUCUGGAUAAGUUCCUUGAAUAUUGCACUCGGGAAACUUCGAGAAUCGAGUGGAAUGACGAAAAGAAGCGAUUUCAAUGCGCUAGUUUCAUUAUUGACAGAGUUAUCAAUUUAUACAUAGCAGAAUGCUUCUCUGACCUGGACACGAACGGAGUGGACAUUUUUGGUGGUUGGGAAGGUGCAGAUGACACUAUAGAAGCGCUAGACACGGCUGAUCCAAUAGUUAUUGCCAGGUAUUGGCUGAUUCGUUGGGUGAACAAUUUGGCAGCAGUUCGACAGCAGCCAUCGUCACAAUGGCAUCCUGGUGUAUUACUGUACCGUGACGCACUUUUCGCUUCACAUAAAGCAACAAAUACAGCUUUAAGUUUGAUGAGGGAGGCCAUGACAUUGCCGCUACCGUGCAGUAAUGUCAUACAGAAAGUGGUGACAACAUUAUCGGCAUGGUUAUUGCAGUAUGAAAUUCCGCCGUUUGUGGCCAGCAAUGAGGUGCCAGUGGAAACGUCAUCGUUGCUCCUGAUCAACAUGUUGCUGUCGUUUUUCCAAUCCCCGUACUUGCUUCAACCUGGCGACCGUCUCCAGUCGGCGGUCACAACAUCCUAUUCGAUACUACGCGCUUGUCGUGUCCUUGCAUCACAUCGACUUACUCUCCCUAGACCAUUGUCAAUCAGGGUCUGGUCCGAACUAAUGUACCGCUUGUGCCAGUCAGCGGCUAGGGUCUGCUCACAUUCAGAUAAAUAUUCGCAAGAGAUGUCGCAAGCUUUUGCGAUGACAGUACUUUCUAAUAUUGUCAUGAUAAAGGCUAUUCGGCAAAUUGAUGUUGAAGACAAACUCUGGGAUGAUGUUCAUAACGUGUUUUUGCAUGGAAUUUGGAUACAAAUGGCCCAACAAUGGUCGCGGAUCUCCAACAGUGUAACACGUGCCUUAAUUCUUCAUCUAGCUCACGUUGAUAUUUUCUCCCAAGAGGACUUGGACAAAGUUAACCAGAGCUCAACAACUGCUAAGAAAAACGAGAUUACCUCUGAAAAUGAGGGUGGAGAAGAGAAUUCGGUUGACACUGAGUCCAAUGGUGACAAUAGUUCAUUUCUGGAUGGGGAUGAUAUCACCAGCGCCGUUCAGACAUGGAGUGGAAAUUCUUCAAUAUGGUUGCAAGUUUGGCGCCGUUUCAUGUGUAUUUUGGGUCCUCACUGCAUCAGUUCAGCAAAUGCACUGAUUGCUGUGGAAACCUUGUCAAACACCGUACAAAAUCUAAUAUCGGCUAAUCUGGAUCCACUAGCGCACUGGAUUGCAUCUCGUCUAGUCCAGACUCCUGUAAAUCUCCUACCAAACUGUAUCGCCUCACUCGGUGCGAUCCUGAACUGCAGCAAGCAACCGUCGCCUAUACUACAGGCGCAUAUUCUUCACGCUUUCGUCCGUCUCAUCAAUGCUCGUGAUCCUCAGGUGUUACCACAUAUUACUUCAAUGUCACCACGUCAUCUAACAGUGCUGUCGCAAUAUCUUCUCCAAGCAAUGCCGACCAUGAUCACACAGCAUCCGCCAAAUACACAUUCGCUGAAGGUUCUUGCGCUUCUGAGCACGUCAAAUGCACCGGCUGAGCAAUUGCUAAUGAAGCAGCUUGCUCCAUCUGAUAUUUCUCUAACGCAUGCUUUACUCUGUGUCAACGCAUUGUGUAUGCUAAUCAUACAACGUGGGGACUCUGAUUUGCUGACCAAAAUGUUCAACGUCUUGCAAGCUCAUCGCUGUGGUCCAAGUCUUCUGCCUAUGCUGUGUUCGUGCCUUGAGUCACUUUUUAAAGUGUCGAAAAAUCCUGCGGCCCUACAAGUGAUUCUUCGCACUAUUCCUACUCUCAAGGAUGACCGUCUUCGAACAGAAGUGCAGUGGACAAUUGCUUCUAUGGCUUUGGCUAACUCUUUGAAAAGCGAUCUACCACAAAUCACCAGAACAUUUUUGGCUGACAAACAGAAGUUACUUGAAGGUGCUUUGCUCACCUUGGAGGGGCAAUUCCCUUUACCUGGAUUUAAUGUCUCCAAAUGGAAUUCAGUAGAAUCCACGCCUUCUAAACCCAAUGAGACACAGGUGUUGAUUCAAAGAAAUACCGCUAUUAUUGGAGUCAAUAAAGAUCAACACUUGGAAGUCACAUCACGAACCGUUGUUGGAAGACAUUGUUGGAUCCUGGAGCCGCAUAAAUCGGAACGCAAAGAAUGCCGUAAUGUGAACAACUGGCUGCAAAAGGAAGCGCAACGAGGUCGCCGACUAGGACGUGAAUCGGUGGGUAUCCUUGGAGCGAUGGACGAUCCCUUUGACUCACUGCCCCGUCCAAAUAACACCACUCCCAAUAAAUGCUCCCCUGAGUGGAUGAACAUUUUGGAAAGCAGCCGGCGGCAGCCACAACCUCUCAAACCAGUGCCUCCCUCGAACGGCAAAUCUACUAUAUCUAGAUUACACGAGUGGCGAUCGUUUUCUGCCAGCCUUGGCUUCGUGCCAAAUGUUGCAGAAGUGCCGUCAAAUUUCUCCAGAGAUCUCAAGCAUCUCGAUCAGACCUGCGCUAGAGAAGUGCACAAGGUGGCUGUCAUCUACGUGGCUGAUGGCCAAGAGGAUAAACAGUCCAUUUUAUCAAACUCCAAAGCCUCUCCAUGCUUCGAUCGAUUCGUUAGUGAGCUGGGUUGGCAGGUUUGUAUUGGAAGAGGCCAUGAAGGCUACCCAGGUGGAUUACCUUGUGACACAGACGCACCGUACUAUGCUUCUCCCGAUACAGAACUGAUCUUCCAUGUUAGCACCCAUCUGUCUGGAGAUGUUACGCAGAAAUGGAAACAUAUAGGAAAUGACGAGGUUCAUGUAGUAUGGUCGGAAAAUUCUAAACCUUACCGACGGGAAACAAUCGCGACGAAAUUCUGUGAUGUAUUGAUCGUUUUGGAAAAAGCUGAUGAAAAGACAUAUCGGGUAAGAGUGGAAACUGUAAGUGCACUUGAAUUUGGACCACUCUACGAUGGUGCACUUGUUGGUGGAGAAGAAUUAGCAGAGCUGGUGCGGCUUACUGUGAUAAAUGCCUCACGUGCGUAUCGUCUAGCGCACAAGGAUCACAUACGACCGCUGCGACACCGAGAACAUGUGUUCGCUCACGACACAAUGAGGCAUAUGAAGAAAGUCAGACUUAGUGACGCUAUAAAUGCCCUCUAUGUGCCGACGAUGACUGCGUAG